CAAACAGCGAGCGGCAGCACAUCGACACACCGCGGCAGGCAGGCAGCUGCUAACGAAAUGGAGGUCAUUGGGAAUUAUCACAAACUGACCCACAGCGAUCAUUUGGAUUCCGGGAUCUUCGAGAGUGAGCGCGGCAGGAGAAUGGACAGAGGGGGCUUCUCCGACAAUGUCUUUACCGAGCAGGUGACCACAAAAGUGACCUCGCUGCCACCACGAGCCGGCUACUCUUCCAGUUCCUCAUCCCGGAGAACUGGCCACUCAAUGGGAUACGGGGCAGAUAUCAUCGGAUCGUCCAAUAGCUACCUCAUCGCAACUGGACGCGGCUCCAACGGCGGAUAUUCCAAGACUCGAUUCCCCAGCUCAUCAUACUCUAUCUCACCGGACACCACGCUGGAACGGAAAACUACUGUUGGCCGGAAUGCCGGAUACGAGGGGAGCUCCAGUGGGAAUUCUUCGCCUGAACUUUCCCGGAAAGAAUUCAGCAGCUCAAACACGAGAGGGAGGAGUCAGGGUCGAGAGAGUGCGAUCCGAGCCCGGCUGCAGAGCGCUUCACCCAAUGGACGCUGGACAGAGCUGGAGGACGUGAAGCGGUUGCUGAAGGGGAGCCGCUCCGCCAGCACCAGCCCUCCGCGCUCGGCUCCCAGCACCCUGCCCUACCCCAAGAAGGCCGUGGUGGAGACGAAGAUGGUGACUGCAAACUCCCAGUCAGUGUCAGGCCGAUACGACACCGCUCUCGUGGACUCUGCCCUGCCCACCUAUAACUGGACAUCCACAGUGCCGCCAGGCAGCUCCAGCGUGGGACUGCGCGAGUAUCGCAACAACCUGGCCACCACGGGCAUGCAGAUGUACAACACAACUGGAUCCACAUCUGUGACUGCUCACAACGUCCACAAGAACAAAGCAGCGAGCCCGUCGGCAGCAAGCGUGGGGAUGACCACCGUAACCGUGCAAGGGCUACCGAACAACCUUGUGGCCAACUCCAACCCGCUUGCUGGAAUGGCACAGACAGUGGGCACACACACCCAGGUUCUGGGCGUACAGAAGAACCAGGUGUCAAACUCGACCGUGGGCACCAGCGGCAACAGCUCCACAGCAAUGGCCCUGGGCACAGACGGGAUGCUGGACAAGGAUUACCGCUUUGUGCUUCUGGACAAGGAGAAGGCUCCGUCCACCCGUGAGGCCCAGCUCCUCAUCAUGGCCAAGGACAGCGGCAAGCUCUUCACCACCGUGUCCAGCGGCUUCUCCGGUUCGGAGGUGGACGAAAGUCUGAAGAAGGAACAGCUGUUGGCCACUAGGUCGGGGGCCGACAUCACAGCCCAGUCACGCGGUAAGAAUUGUUGGGGGGGGCUGAGGCCGGCGGGUACGCCCGCUCUGUCCGGGGAGCAGCGGGAACAACGGAGAAGGCUCCAAUUUGAACAUUCCCCUCUGUAAUGCCCAACUUAUGUGCGGCAGAGGUCUAUGCUGCCAGAAUUGUGACCCUUCUCUCGCCACUCUGCUACGCUCCCCUCUCCACUCU